UGCCAUGGAAACCAUCCAGAACACCUUAGUAUUUCUUAGUUGUCUUAUAUAUCAGUUGGAAUGGUGCAUCAAAACUGCAUCAAACAUCAGAUUUAAUCUGGGGACAAAUUUCACACACACACACACACACACACAUGCAUACCAACAUGCACAGUUAGAUGGUGUAGAUAAAAAGAUACACAUGUUUGCUUUUAACAAGGCCACUGAAAUCAGGCCAUAUAUGAAAGGUGUGUCAAAUACCGCAAAUAUUUUGGAAAUAAAAAGUAGGCCGCCCACAGCCAUGUCAACAUCAUAAAGCACAGAGUAUUGGGUACAAAUGAGGGUAAAAAUCGAGCGGGGGGCCUAAUUAAAUGACUGGCAUGGCUGUUUUUAAUGAGGCUAACAUUGAGAUACUAUCAAGUGGUGAGUGAGGGUGGAAUGGUGGUUUAACAUACUCAAAACCACCAAAACACACUCGCACACACACACCAGCACUCUCUUUUCUCCAAUAAUCAUCUUACAUCCCACAUUUCUGCAGUGUCUUUCACUUGAGAGUUUGUGUCACAUUUCAGCUUCGUGGUCCCUCUUCUAGAAGGUCCCAUCAUCAUCCGAGAAACCAUUAAAAAAACACCCAUCAGCCAAUCAGAUGGGUGUGAAACACACUGGGAAAGAAACGAGAACUUCACUGCAUGCAAGUGAGAGAGAGAGUCAUGUGACUUGAGGUCCACCAAUCAGAUCAUGGGAUUGCCGUGCAGCAGCCCUACCGCGGGAGCUGUGACCUCGGAUACCUCAGACAUGCGACUGACAGGCCGUUACCACGGAAAUCACAAAUGUGAGAGCGUCAGACACCUGAACUUUCAACUACCUGACUAAAACCACGUUGAGAGUACAAACACCAAUACUAGAGAGACAGACAGACAAAAGUGUCCAUCGUCAAAGGUGAGUCCAUCGCUCAGAGUGGCUUGGUCUUUCUCUCUCUUUCUCUCUCACUCUCGCUCGCUCUCACCACACGGCACAUAUGCUGUUCUGUUAGUCGGCUUGUGGCGAAAGAUUCCUGUGGCACUCUCAAGCCCCAAAUUCUUGGUUGCAGGCAGUCUAUGUAGUUUCUCUAUUUCUCUUUCUCCGACUGUCAUUCUCUCAGGCUGAAGUCGGUGAGGCGGCGGAGAGGCCAGUUCUUUUCCCUCCCGAGCGGGACACAUGGCUUCAAACAGCAUCUUCGACACAUUCUCCAGCUACUCGCCCAGUUUACUGCGAGACCCGAGCACGAGCAGACGGUUCACGCCGCCCUCCGCCUCGUUCCCGUGCGCUAAAGUGACCGACAGCCCGAACAUGAGCGCACCGGGUCCGCUUCGGGCCGGCCGGUCGGUGGAGAGCCGCUCCGUGGUGGACGUGCUGGCGGAUCACGCCGGAGAGCUGGUGCGCACCGACAGCCCCAACUUUCUCUGCUCGGUGCUGCCGUCACACUGGAGGUGCAACAAAACCCUGCCUGUGGCUUUUAAGGUGGUGGCUCUGGGUGACGUUCCUGACGGGACUCUGGUCACUGUGAUGGCGGGAAAUGAUGAGAAUUAUUCCGCGGAGCUGAGAAACGCGUCUGCCGUCAUGAAGAACCAGGUGGCGCGGUUCAACGACCUGCGCUUCGUGGGCAGGAGCGGCAGAGGAAAGAGCUUCACUUUGACCAUCACUGUGUUCACUGGACCACCCCAGGUUGCCACAUACCACCGCGCAAUUAAAGUCACCGUGGACGGACCUCGAGAACCAAGACGUCACCGCAUGAAGCCGGACGACCCUCAUAAGCAGUUCUCCGAUCGCCUGAGUGACAUCGAGCGUUACCAGAGGGCCGGUCUGAGGAUGAACCCUGGCAACGGGACCACCCGCUCCCACCAGACCCAUUACAACCCCUCCAGCACCACACAGAUACCAGCAUUAUGGCCAGAUCAGAUUGACCCUCCUGCACUGAAGACUUGCAAAGUGGAAGACGACUUACGCUGGUCAAGUACGGAUCUGUUCCCUCAGAGGACGUCCUUCCCAUCUCUGUCUCCAUUAACGGCUCCUCGGUUCUCAGAUUCACACAUGCAUUAUCCGGGUCCCUUCACCUACUCUGCUAACCCGUCCAGCACUGGAAUCGGCGGUCUCAGCGUGGCCGGGAUGCCCACCUCCAGCCGCUACCACACCUACCUGCCUCCUCCAUACCCCGGCAACCAGAACCAGAACUCCCACUUCCAGACCAACUCCUCGCCGUACCACCUGUACUACGGCACCGGAUCCGGCUCCUACCAGUUCUCUAUGGUUCCGACUGGCGGCACCGGAUCGGGAGGCGACAGGUCGCCCACCCGCAUGCUGACGUCCUGUACCGCGGCGGGCGGAGCCGGAGGCACCGCGGGCGGAAACAACAGCCUGCUCAAUGCCAGCCUCGGCAACCAGAGCGACGGCGUGGAUGCUGACGGCAGCCACAGCAACUCGCCCACAGCGAUGAGUGCGUCCACACGCAUAGACGAGUCCGUCUGGAGGCCUUACUGAGAAAACGUGUGUAGAAAGACUGAGAGAAGAAGUCGAAAUUUAAAGAAGAGGUGAAAAGUCUUGCAUGUUUGAUUGUUUUGUUUCUUCGUCCUUCUAUGACAUGUCAAUUGCUUCUAAGAGAACCAAAGUGAACCGAUGACCAGACAUGAGUCUGAGCGCUCCAUACAGGACAGAAAUGGACCUCCGCUGAUCAAAACUAAAGGAGGACAGAAGUCUCACAGGAAAAUGAGGUGUAUAUAGAAAGAUUAUAAUUAAGAAAAGGCAUCCCAUAGUAAUAUAUCAGCAACUUUUCUUACUAAAAAAGCUGAAAAACCAAAGAAAAGACAUAUUCUGAUGAGCCUGUAUCUGAAAAAAGCCAAUUUAUCCAGCCUUACAAACCAAUCUGCCAGAACGCUGUAAUUCCCAGAGUGCUUUGCAACCGCGAAACCGUGUCAUGCAGACAGUAUGAGAGAGCUUCACAGAGCUGCAGGACUGUGGGACUUUUAAUGUAUAAAUAUGAUGAUAAACAAAAAUGCUAGCCACGAGUUUCAGGUACUUUCCAAACUUGCUGAAAUAGACUUGAUUUCAUACAAGUGUGGAGAUUUGUGAGAUGUUGUGUCAAUGGGUUUUUCAUUGAAAUGGAUUUUAGGGUGAAUAUCACAAAACCUGUCAGGAACAUAUUCAGGUCAUAUUUAAUGAGAAAUGAGAAAUAAUAUUUUGCAUUAAAAAAAUGAUGCUCGUUUUUAUUUUUUUAGAACCAUUUAUUUUUGCAUUUGCAUUGUGACAUUGUUUUAAUCAAAAUGAAGCACAUUUGACCCUUACAUUCUCAUUAUUGUAAUGCAAAAAAUUGUUCUCAUUACUGUAAUGUAAAAAAAAUAAUGAUAUAUUAUUUCAUUUGCAAAUCACUUAAAUUUACAUAAAUAUAGGCAUCGUUUUCAUUAUGCAAAAAUAUUUUUUGCUUUGAUUUUAGGGUGAAAUGUGAUCUGGAUGUGCUUUCGUGAGAUUCACCCUUUAGCUGCGGGUUCUCGAUUUGUAGAAACAUAAAACAGUGUCUAUAAUCCAAAGACAGACAGGUGUUUGAUUUUUUUUUUUUUUUUUAUUUUCUUGCUUCAUGCCAAAAUCAGAACAAUUUAUUCGUCUUUGAACUUGUGGAGACUUGUCUUUUUUGGAAUAGUUUUUAGUGUUUUUUUUUAUUUUUUCUCAGUGUUGAUCGCUUUUUAUGAAUUUUUUUCAGGCUAUUGAUUUGAGCUCAGUUUUAUGGUUUGUGUAUUUUUUUUUUUUUUUUUUUUUUUUAUUUAUUUGAGCCAAAGAGGAUGCGUUCCUAUGGUUCUGGGUCACAAACAUUUCGUGUUUUUUUUUUUUUUUUUUUUUCGAUCUUUUGAUUUCUUUGUUUUAAUAUAAAAUUGGAAGUUGUGCUACUGUAAUAUAUUCUUUCUAAAUUAUACAAAAGUUUUAAUGUAAUGCCUAUGGUUUCCAAUGCAGCUUUAAUGCACUAAAACAUUUAUUUAAGAGGGUAUAUGUCCUUGUUAAACCACAUAAUGGAGACAUUCUUACCAGAUUGAAUUCCACGUGAUAUUUAGUCAUGUGCCUGAAAGGCCUCAACCAUCACAAGCCAAAGAGUUCAACAAUCACCUGUUGUCAUUCCACGUCUCUAAAGUGUGAAAAAUAUGUUGCUCUAAGCACCUACAUUAUGUGUCUAUUUUUCCUACCUUGUUCUUGCAAUGACUGAAAUCGGAGACAAUAAUUGGGCACGUUUGAAAGGAGAUCGCCCGUGAUUAUUUGAAUAACAAAACCAUGCACAAGCUCAUACAAGGAGGGUAAAGUGGCCAUGACACACACACACAUAUACAUCCGCGUAACAGGUGUAAAUGAAUAUUUCAGCGCAUAACCCAGAGGUUUUUCCCAUGCUCACACCUGCUGCCAUCACCUGAGGGCCGAGAGCCCCAAAAGAGCAAAGGAAACAGGUAGAAAGAUGGAUGAAGAGAGACGUAUCACCUUUCGCAAUCAUUGGUCAUCCUUCAGGCCUUGUUAUCCAAGCAGAAGUGCCCGUGUUCAGCUUGAUUCACGGCCGCUUUGAUGCCUUUAUGUGGGCGGUUAUUUUCCUUCCCAUUGUGCCUCUGCUUGAUUAUAGCUGCAAGCUGCAGGCUACAGGAAAAUGGAUUCAAAAUGUGAGCUGGUCUAGUUACAAGCGGGAGUCGAUUCUCUCCUGCAAGGACUUCUGGGUAAUAGAAACCCUGGGUAAACUAUUUGCUUCUGUGUUGUAAGAUUCUCUCUCAGUGCCUCGGUCUGGAUCUAUUAAUGUCUGUGGAUAUCAAAUCAUGUCAGUGUAACAGCUGUAUUUUCUCCAAAGAGUUUGUUGUGAUUGUUGAUUAUGAUUGAGAUGGAUCAAGACUCCAAAUCAAACUCAAUUAAGAUUUGCUGGCCCAGAACAAGACCAAAAACCUAUCUAUUUAUUUCCACUGUAUCAAUACUGAUUGUGUGUUGCAUUGAACAUUCUAUUGAUAUCAAGGUUCUGUUCCAAAACCUAACUUUUGAAAAUAAAGGUUCUGUAUUGACAUUGAAGGUUCCAUGAAGAAUCUUUAACAUCAAUGGAAACAUUCCAAAGAGGACAAGUUCUUUAGAUUAUUAAAAUGUUCUUCACAAGCAGGAAAAAAACUGGAUCUGUUAAGAACUGUUCACUAAAAAUUUCUUCAAGGAACCAAAAAUGCAAAAACACCCUUAUCGAACCUUUAUUUUUAAGAGUGUAGUGAGCUCCCUACGAAGGCAGCACAGAAUCUGUGCCAAAAAUUUAGCGGUGUAAAUAUGCCUGCGGGUUUCUCCCUAUGUGAAAUGUUUCAAAUCAGUCAUUUAUUUUGAAGGCAGAAGCCUAUGUAGGCAGCAGUAGGUUUUGGAACACAACCCAAAUGUUGCCAUGAGUCAGUGGUGUUUGUAAAGUGCACAGAUUCGAAUCAUGCCGAAAGAGCUAAAAAGCACAACACACUCCUGUUGAAAUUGUCUUUUUCACUCAUUGUACGUUUGUAAUUUUGGUUCCGAAAUAUGCUCUUUUGUUCCUUCAUUGUGUGCUAAUGAUGUAGUUUUUUAUGCAUUUUAAUUAAAAAAAGAUCAGGA